AUGGUGGUGGUGUUAAUGAUCGCUGAGAAGCCAUCGCUGGCUCAAUCAAUUGCCAAAAUUCUCUCCCGUGGCACUAUGAAAACGAGAAAAGGGAUAGCUAAGCCAUGCCAAGUUUAUGAAUAUAGUGGUACAUUUCAUGGGCAGCAAGCUCGAUUUUCGGUGACUUCAGUUUGCGGCCAUGUUUAUUCGUUGGAUUUCCUGCCACAAUACAAUAAUUGGGAUGCUGUAGAUCCUGUUGAUCUGUAUGAUGCUGAAGUCAAGAAGAAAGAUGCUAAUCCUGAUCAAAAUAUCGUUAAAUUUCUAAAACAUGAGGGGCAGGGAAUCGAUUACUUAGUAUUGUGGCUCGAUUGCGAUCGCGAAGGUGAAAACAUCUGUUUUGAGGUCAUUGAUAUCGUCAAACCAGUCAUGAGAAACUCUAGCAGCCAGAAUAUAUUUCGAGCUAAAUUUUCUGCCAUUACUGAUAAAGACAUUUUUCGAGCAAUGGAGACGUUAAUAACUCCUAAUAAGAAUGAAGCUUUGUCUGUUGAUGCAAGACAAGAGUUAGAUUUGAGAAUUGGAUGUGCAUUUACUAGAUUUCAAACUAAAUAUUUUCAGGGCAAAUAUGGAGAUCUGGAUAGUUCAUUAAUUUCCUACGGGCCAUGCCAAACUCCAACGUUGGGCUUUUGUGUAGAACGUCAUGAUAAAAUUAAUUCAUUCGAACCUGAAAAAUAUUGGAAAAUCGAUGUUAAAGUUCGGCAUAAUAAUUCAACAUUUGCUUUACAAUGGAAUAGAGUUCGCAUUUUCGAUAAAAACGUCGCCUCAAUGUUUUGUGAAGAUAUCAAGGCAGUAACUCGAACAAAAAUUCUCAAAGUAACAACAACUCAGAAAUCGAAACAGAAGCCUAUUGCCCUGAAUACAGUAGAAAUGCUUCGGAAAGCUUCAUCUGGAUUGAAUAUCGGACCACACCAUACUAUGGCUUUGGCUGAAAGAUUGUAUAUUCAGGGAUAUAUUAGUUACCCUCGUACUGAGACAACAACCUACCCUCAAAAUUUCGAUUUCAGAGACCUAUUAGGCAAACUCUCAUCGCAUGAAGAUUUGGGUGAUACUGUCAAAUCGUUGCUAAAAGAUGGAUACAGCAAACCAAAGAAAGGACAGGAUGCCGGUGAUCAUCCUCCCAUCACGCCCAUGAAAGUCGCUGGUCGAAAUGAAUUGAGUGGAGACUCUUGGCGUUUGUAUGACUAUAUUGUUCGUCACUACCUAGGCAGUGUUAUGGAAGAUUGUCGCUACACGCAAACAACAUACAUGGUAGAAAUAUCUAAAGAAAGCUUUACAUGCAGUGGUGCAGUUGUGACCUCACCUGGAUUUUUAAGUGUUAUGAACUGGUUGCAGCAAGAUGAGGGCCAGAAUUUGCCUAACCUUGACCGUGGAGCGGUCUUAGAAAUCACCGAAGCUAAAUUGAGUGAACAUCAAACGUCUCCCCCUGAUUAUCUUACUGAAAGUGAAUUAAUAACGUUGAUGGAAAAGCACGGAAUUGGAACAGAUGCGAGCAUUCCAGUACAUAUCAAUAACAUCUGCGAACGAAACUAUGUAAAAAUUACAGGCUCUAGGCGUUUACAACCGACACAAUUGGGAAUUGUUCUAAUUCAUGGAUAUCACAAGAUCGAUUCAGAUUUAGCAUUACCGACAAUGAGAGCAGACGUUGAAAAGCAGCUUAAUUUAAUUGCUGCAGGAAAGGCUGACUUCAAAGCAGUGGUUAACUACGUAGUUGAUAUAUUUAGAAACAAAUUUUGCUACUUUAAAGAUUCAGUUUCUAAUAUGGAUCACUUAUUCGAAGUAUGCUUUACUAAAUUAGCAGAGACAGGAAAGCCAUUUUGCCGUUGUGGAUCCUGCAAUAGAUAUAUGAAGCUUAUUGUUGCCAAACCUUCAAGGCUUUAUUGUAAAACCUGUGAUCAAACAUACAGUUUACCGCAAAACGGUACUAUUAAACUAUACAAGGAACUUAAAUGUCCAAUCGAUGAUUUUGAACUCGUCCUUUUUUCUGCAAACACAGGAACUGCGAAGGCAGUUCCUUUAUGUCCUGCCUGCUACACAAAAUCUCCAUAUCCGGACGUAGCAAAGAACCUAAUGUGUAACCAAUGUCUACAUCCAACCUGUCCUCACUCAAUGAUGCAAAAUAGGAUUCUUGACUGUCAAAUUUGCGAUCAGGGAUCCAUUGUACUCGAUGCACCAUCAGCACCUAAAUGGAGAAUGACUUGCAAUAAAUGCAAAUUCUUUGUCCCAUUAUUACAAAAUGCUUCGAAAGUAUCUGUUAAAGAGGAAACAUGCCAUUGUCCAACCAAUAUAAUCACAAUUGAAUUCAAAGAUGAGUCACCAUUUCCUAAUGGUAAAAAAUCUCACUCUGGAUGUUUAAAUUGUGACGAGAUCUUCGUUAAAUUAAUUAAACUGGAAAGCGUAAUUGAAGAGCAGCUUCGCGGUGGACAUCGUGGACAUAGACAGGGGCGAGGAGGAAAACGAGGACGAGGACGAGGCCGAGGGAAAAAAAGAUAA